AUGGUAUUUUCUUUGUCUACUGUUCUGGCUGUGGCCAAGAAGCACUGUUUCUAUGACGAGACGGUGACUUACCCCCCUGCCAGCGACAUUGUCGACGAAAUCGUCAAACAGACGGCGGGGAAUGAGAACGCAGAGCAGCUGGCCACUUGGCCUCUGCUGCGCAAAAAGACGCUGUACACGACAAUUGAACGGCUCGUCAACGACGAGAGCCCCGACAACACCUACCGGCAGUCGAGCUAUAUUAGCAUCACGGGCGGCGGCCGCGGCUCACUCCCGCUCUUCUUUGCCACCGAUGUAAGGGAGAACCGCCGCCAGCGCGCCGAGUUUGGCAAGCUCAUAGCCAGCACCGGCAUGCUCGGCGGCCGUGACUGGGUCCUUAGUAUGCACUCGGCCGGGGGUCUUUACAGGGCUCUCGAUCUCACGCUAGAAUAUGUCGAAGAGGCCGGCGCGUGCACUCUCGCAGCCGGCCAUGUCAUGCCCGUGCCCGCCGUCCUGCAGCUGCUCGUCAAGUACAAGGUCAAUGUGCUGGCCGGGGACAGCAGCCAGGUCAUCGACGUGGUCAACCACCUGUCGGCGCUGCCGCGGGAGGAGCAGGACAAGAUCCGCCUGGACAAGAUCCUGUACACGUCCGAGGUGCUGACGGGCUCGCAGCGCGCGCACAUCCGCGCCACGCUCGGCCAGAAGAUCAAGAUCUGCUCCGCGCUGGCCAGCGCCGAGACCGGGCCCUGGGCGUUUAGCAACCCGGACCUGACCGGCGACCGCACCACGACGUCGUCGGACUUUGUCUACGACACGCGCACCAUGGCCGUCGAGAUCUUCCCGCACUCGGCCGCCGAGGAGGACGCAAGCGGCAUGGCCGUCACCGCGCCGCAACCGCUGGCAGACGGUGAGACGGGCCUGAUUGUUUUGACGUCGCUGUGCCGCCUGCGCAACCCUCUCGUGCGCUACAUUUCCGGCGACGUGGGCUCGCUGCACGACCUGCCCGAGGCCGUGCGGCACCUCGUUAAAGAAGCCGACCGCCCGCACAUUCGGGUGCUGCGCCUCGAGGGCCGCGACCGCCGCUUCAGCUUCGACUGGGAGGGCGAGUACAUUGAGUUUGCCAACCUCGCCGGCAUCGUCGAGGACCCGCGCUACGGCAUCCUCCAGUGGCAGGCCAUCAUCGAGAACAGGCCGCACGAGCAGGAGGGCCUCCGCCCGUGUCUCGAGGUGCGCAUGCUGCCGAGCACCACGACGCGCAGCGACGACGAGCUGCUGGGGGAGAUGGUCGGCCGCAUCAAGACGCUCAUUGCUGCGACGUCGGCGAAUGCGGAUCGCUUCACGCCCGUGUUUUUGGAGAAUGCGGAUGGGUUUGAAAAGAGCAAGACGGGUGGCAAGGUCAUCAAGUUUAUUGAUCGGGUGAGCUAA